AUGGACAAGAUGAUACAAACAGGCAGUGGUGAAGUUGUUAUGACUAAUGAUGGGGCAACUAUUUUAAAACAUAUGGCACUUGUUGUUUUGUCUGCAGCACAGGAUGUUGAAGCUGGUGAUGGUACUACAUCAUAUUUCCUAAAAAUUCUAGGAAUACAUCCAACAACUAUUGCUGAAGUUUUCCAACGUGCUGCAACAAAAUCAUCUGAAUUUUUAACGGAAAUGUCAACUCAAAUUGAUUUGUCUGAUCGAAAUUCUUUAUUAAGGGCUGCAAGCACAUCUUUAAAUUCAAAGAUUGUUUCUCAACAUUCAAGUCUUCUUGCACCUAUUGCUGUAGAUUCUGUAUUACGUGUUAUUGAUUCCGUAACAGCAACCAAUGUUGAUUUAAGAGAUAUCCGUAUAGUUAAAAAAGUUGGUGGAACAAUUGAUGAUACAGAGUUGGUUGAUGGACUUGUUUUGACCCAAAAUGUUGUUAAAGAUUCAGGGGGUCCUUCACGUAUUGAAAAAGCAAAAAUUGGUCUUAUUCAAUUCCAAUUAUCACCACCAAAACCAGAUAUGGAAAAUCAAAUAGUGGUAAAUGAUUAUAUACUUAUGGACAAAAUUUUAAAAGAAGAACGCCAAUAUCUUCUUAAUAUGUGUAAAAAAAUUAAAAAAACAGGCUGUAAUGUUUUACUGAUACAAAAAUCAAUUAUACGUGACGCAGUGAAUGAUUUAUCUUUACAUUUUCUAUCGAAAUUAAAAAUAUUGGUUGUAAAGGAUAUAGAAAGAGAUGAAGUUGAAUUUAUUUGUAAGAGUACCGGGUGUAAGCCAAUUGCAGACAUUGAAUCAUUUACUGAGGAUAAAUUGGGUUAUGCAGAAUUGGUUGAUGAAGUACAAACUUCUGGUGCUAGGGUUGUUAAGAUUACAGGAGUUAAACAUAACGGAAAAACUGUAUCAAUUUUAAGUCGUGGAGCUAAUUCACUUGUCACUUAA